AAAGGAAGAAACACUGGGAACACAGGCAACACUGGGAUUACUGGAGUACUGGAAUACUUCAACCUGCUGCUGAUUCAACAUAGUCUAGUAUAAUAUAUAAACAGGAGAUUUAGAGGAGCUAGGCUACGACUCAAAGUGAAAGUAAAACUUUCAACCUUCUGGACUGAUCGACUGCUCUCUCUGUGUGUUGUGUUUUUAUUUUCACUCAGGGACAAAAUGGCUUCCAGAUCAGAGGAGGAUCACUGUUGUCCUGUCUGCUAUGAAAUCUUUAAAGAUCCUGUUGUCCUGUCAUGUAGCCACAGCUUCUGUAAAGACUGUCUGAAGAGCUGGUGGAGAGAGAAACAAACACAAGAGUGUCCAAUUUGUAAGAGGAGAUCAUCAAAGAGUGAUCCACCUCGUAAUCUGGCCUUAAAGAACCUGUGUGAGGCCUUCUUACUGGAGAGAGAUCAGAGAGCUUCAGAGACUCUCUGCAGUCUGCACUCUGAGAAACUCAGACUCUUCUGUCUGGACCAUCAGCAGCCGGUGUGUGUCGUCUGCAAAGAAUCAAGGAUACAUACUGACCACAGAUUCAGACCCAUCGAUGAAGCUGCUCAGGAUCACAAACAGGAGCUCCAGAAAUCCCUGAAGCCCAUUCAGAAGAAACUGGAGCUCUUUAAACAAGUUAAAGGAAACUGUGAUCAAACAGCAGAACACAUGAAGGUCCAGGCCCGACUCACAGAGAGGAAGAUUAAGGAGCAGUUUAAGAAGCUUCACCAGUUUCUAGAAGAGGAAGAGGAGGCCAGGAUCUCUGCUCUGAGGGAGGAAGAGGAGCAGAAGAGUCAGAUGAUGAAGGAGAAGAUGGAGGCUCUGAGCAGAGAGAUAGCAGCUCUUUCAGACACAUUCAGAGCCACAGAGGAGGAGCUGAGAGCUGAAGACGUCUCAUUCCUGCACAACUACAAGGCUGCAGUGGAAAGAGUCCAGCAGCGCCCCCUGUUGGAGGAUCCACAGCCGUUCUCUGGAGCUCUCAUAGACGAGGCCAAACACCUGGGCAACCUGACCUUCAACAUCUGGAACAAGAUGAAGGAGAUGGUCUCGUACACUCCUCUGAUUCUGGAUCCAAACACUGCUGGUCGAGAACUCCUCCUGUCUGAAGAUCUGACCAGUGUGAGACGAGGAGAGGAACAGCAGCUUCCUGAUAAUCCAGAGAGGUUUGAUCACGACAUCGCUGUCCUUGGUUCAGAGGGAUUUAACUCUGGGACUCACAGCUGGGACUUUGAGGUUAGAAAUGAUGAUUCCUGGGGCCUAGGUGUGAUGAAGGACUCUGUCGGGAGAAAGGGACGAAUACAGACUGGAUUCUGGGUAAUAUAUCUCCACGAUGGAAAGUACAAAGCAGCCUCCCCACCACUCUUAAAAACCGUUCUCUCAGUGAAGAAGCAGCUCUGGAGGAUCAGAGUUCAUCUGGACUUUGACAAAGGAAAACUGUCUUUCUAUGAUCUUGAUACUAACACAAACAUACACACCUUCACACACACAUUCACUGAGAGACUGUUUCCAUACGUUGCCACUCUGAGUAAACUCCCAGUGAAGAUAUUACCAAUGAAGGUCUCUGUAUCAACAGGCUUAUGGCCUAGUUACUAAAUGCAUUAGCUAAGCAUGCUAUAUAGCAUUAUAUUCAGGUUGAGUAAGGCUACUCAGAAAUGCCAUCCUGCAUGUCAGUGAUACUAUACAUGUUCUACGAGUUUAUAUGAAACAGAAAAAAUCUUUUAUGCAAUUUGAAAGUUUUUUGUCCGUACGUCCUCGGGUCUUUGACACAGGGCAAAUAUCUAUAUAUGACUGAACAGAGGAGUGUCAGUGUUUCAGGAACAUAAGAACCAUGUUGAGGCACAAUCUGAACAUUAGUUCUGUCAAAACAUUUACUGAUAGUCUUAAAUGAAAAAACAAUACUUUAAAUUAUCUGAUGUUGAAUAUUUGCUGCCAAUAUUGAUAUAUAUUGGCAGAUAUAAUUGUGUACAUAAAUACAUAAUAUAAACAAACAUUGAGUUAUUAUUUCUGAUUUAUUAAUUACUUUUAAAGUGUUUUUUGGGGGAGGAAUAUGUCUCAUUGUAAGUAAUCAUUAUAUAACCUUUUGUCAGCCAGUUUAUGAUUUUUAAUAUCAUGCUUUUUUAUUUUUAUUUCAUUCUGCACUGUCUAUCAUUGU